GCUCCCCUCCGGGCCGCCAGGGAAGGCGGCGCGGGCAAGAUGGCGGCGGCGGCGGCGGGCGCGGGCUCGGGCGCGGGGCGGGCGGCGGCGCGGCCGCGGCCGGGGCCGGCCCGGUUCCGCGGCUGCUUGGCCGGGGCGCUGCUGGGCGACUGCCUGGGCGCCGUCUUCGAGGGCAGGAGCGUCGUGAAGCUGCCCGACCUGCUGCGCUUCCUCGGCGGCCUGGAGCCGGCGCCCGGCGCGGGGGAGCCGCCCGGCAGCGCCCGCAGAGAAACACUUUCGUACACGGACGACACGGCCAUGAGCAGGUCUGUGGUGCAGUCCCUGCUCGCCAAGCGAGAGUUUGAUGAAGUUGAUAUGGCCAAGAGGUUUGCUGAGGAAUACAAGAAGGAACCCAACAGGGGUUAUGGGAUGGCUGUUGUCAAUGUGUUUAAGAAACUCCUGAGCCCCAAGUGCAGUGAUGUGUUUGAACCAGCGAGAGCACAGUUUAACGGAAAAGGCUCCUAUGGAAAUGGCGGUGCCAUGAGGGUGGCAGGCAUUCCGCUGGUUUAUUCUGAUGUCCAGGAUGUAAAGAAGUUUGCAAAGCUCAGUGCUGAGCUAACCCAUGCCAACUCCCUAGGCUACAACGGGGCCAUCCUGCAGGCCCUGGCAGUGCAUCUGGCCCUGCAGGGAGAACUCAGCAAGGAGAGUUUCCUCGAGCAGCUGAUUAGCCACAUGGAAGAUGUAGAAGCAGAUGAUAGGUCUCUUACUGACGCCCGAGCGCUAGGAUUUGAGGAUUUACCGUUUUCAAGGCGUCUAAAGAAGAUAAAAGAAUUUUUGGAGCUCAGCAGUGUUCCCAAAGCGGAUGUAUUGUUUGAAUUAGGCAAUGGCAUUGCUGCUCUGCGGUCUGUCCCUACUGCAAUUUACUCCUUCUUGCGCUGUAUGGAAGCUGACCCAGAUAUUCCUGAUCACUACAGCAACCUGCAGAGGACCAUCAUCUACUGUAUCUCUCUGGGUGGAGACACAGACACCAUUGCUACCAUGGCAGGAGCCAUUGCAGGGGCUUACUAUGGGGAGGAGCAGAUACCCCCAAGUUGGGAGCAGAGCUGUGAAGCUUUUCAAGAGACAGAGAAGCUGGCAAAUAGCUUGUACGAACUCUACUGCCAGCGGCUCUGAGCCCCGAAGGGAAUGUGUUUUCUGAAGGUAAAGCCGGUGGUCACCUCUGCUUUUCUGGUCAGAAAGUUUGUGGUGGAUCCGCACCAUCUACAGAUGCCAGUGAGCCUCCACCUGAGAAAGACAUCUGGUGUGACUUGAGAGCUGGACGCAAGAGCUGGGUUUGAAGAGGGACAUAUCCUUCAGUUACAUUUUGGCUGGGAAGCAGAUGCAUGUGGCACUUUGGGCAGUGGAGUGAUUCUCCACUGUUUACAGCAGCGCCUAGUUCCUCAUAAUAUUUCUGCUUUGUCCCAUCCUUAUGCCAUUAUGUCACUAUCAUUACAAUUACUGUGAUGUGGGUGAGUGUCUGAAUCCACUGACUUUCUAGCUGAUUUUCCUAGCUGAUAUCCACGGCCUUCAUUUCUGUUGUUAGUGAUCUGUCCUGCAGUGGCUUUGAUAUGCUUCGUACCCCUCUUAAAGAAGUAGUUCACGCUCAGCUGACCAGCUAAAGGACGUAGGUGGGAGUCGGCAGAGAGGCAUAUCACUGGAGAGCCUGGAGCACAUCCUGUAUAGUGGUACUGAUUACCACCUAUGUUAGGGAGUAAGGAUGCUGAAAGAUAGACCUCAUAGGAAGAUUCACUUCAUUAAAAGCAGAAUGAAAAGUGCCAGAGAUAGCAGAAGGGAUUUCUUUGCAUUUCCAGUGGCAUUUUAAGAAAUGCCUUUGGUCCAUGCAGAUAGAAUCCCAGUUGGCUCAUUGUUACUGUUGGAAGAAGGCAUAAUGCUCACUGUUUCUAGCUCUACCGUCCACUUGACAUCAUCCUGAUUUGUUACAUUUUGUGUUUCCUUGCAUAGCUGACUUUCACACUGCUGCAGCUGCUCUUGCCAUUUCCUUUUGUUCCCUAAUCCUUGCAUCCUGCAUUCUUAAUCCUGUCCUAUGUGCAUCCAGAGCACCAAAUAAGAUUGCUGUUUAAACCUGUGGGUGGAGAUACGCUGUGAAACCUAGUGUUACACAAGGGUUAAAUUCUUGAUUCUGCUGCUGUCAGUGGAAAAAAAUGACUUCAGUUGGAAACAGGAGUUGCCUCUCACAGCUUUAAAACUGUACUUGGUAAGAAUCUUCUGAAAUUAACGGGAAAGCAAGUUUCAGUGGGGGGAGACUUUAUCAGAGUUUAAAAGAAUUUCUACAUUUGAAACUGGUACAAGUGGCCAAGAAUUUUCCAGGAAAGCUGUGUUCCACAGUUUUACUUUUAAAACCUUUGACCGAUGGAGCUGGUCAGAGAGGCAAUGACCUGAGCUUGCAUACAGCCAGAAGCAUGUCUAAAAAGGAUUAAAAGGUCUCUGAUAAUUAAAAGCAAAAAGAAAGAAAGAAAGAGGCAAAGAGUCAUCAUAUGGAAAUGUUUAUAAAUUUGAAUGUGACUAUGAUUCUCUAUACUCUCUCUAAUACUUCUGUGGAACUGGGAAGUGAAUGUUCUGCUCUAAUGGAGUUCACUCCCCGUUGACAUUAGCACAUGGUUAUUGUGUGUGUCAGGCUGCAUGCACAUGUAGAAAAUCUGAUUGCAAUAGGGGCAUUCCAGUUUUUCCUGUACUCUACUUCCUUCAAGUACCAGUCUUCUGUGUGAUGCUUUAAUGGGUUUUCCUUGUAUAAAUAUGAGUAUCUUGUCUUGCGAACAUGUGGAAUUAUGGUCUACUGUAUAUUUAUGGGUUGUGCUUCAGAUCUAAGUUGUAAAAUGUCAGUUUUUUCAAAUUGCUCUGCCAGAGAUGUCAGCAUUUUUGACAGAGUUAUUUAAAAGAAGAAAUUCUCCUUUUAAAGCAGCUUUAAAAUUUUUAACGUGUGGAACUUAUGAAGAAUGGACAUAUUUCCUGUUAAAAAAAAAUAUAGCUCAUUUUAGGCCGGAAUUUAACUGCACACUGACAUUCAACUCUGACUUUCUUGGAAAGAAAUAAAAUCACUUAGCUAUCUUUGUUAAUUA